CGAAGAAGAGGCGGGGCCUCUUUCCUCUCUGAAAGAGGUCAAUUCGGCGUUUGCCUCGUGCAUGCUCGAUACAUGUCUGGAAAUAUAAACACUAGCUGCCAUACACUUCUGUUUUAGAUAACUGCCAAACACUGGGAAUAAAUGGAGGCGUUCAACCAGCUGAUCUUGGAAUAUCCUCAAUUCAUGUACGGAGGAGCCGGAGCAACGGUCUUUAUGGCUGGGGGAGCUCUGAUUUACAAAAUUGCAACAAGAAAGAAACCCACACAUGUCAAUGUGAAUUGCUGGUUCUGCAACCAGGACUCAGUGGUCCCAUAUGGAAACAGAAACUGCUGGGACUGCCCCAACUGCGAGCAGUACAACGGCUUCCAGGAGAAUGGCGACUACAACAAACCUAUUCCUGCUCAAUUCUCGGAGCAUCUAAACCAUGGCGUGUCUGCCGGCGUGCCCUUGCCUGAGACACCAAAGACGCUGCAGUGGGUCAACUGUCAGAUGCUGUUGUGCAAAAAAUGCAACAACAACCAGUCCGUCAAGAUCAAGCAGUUGGCCUCAUUCAUCCCAAGGGAAGAUGAGAACUAUGAUGAGGAGAUUGAGGUGUACAAGCACCACGUGGAGCAGACCUACAAGUUGUGCAGACCCUGUCAGACGGCCGUGGAGUACUACAUCAAGCACCAGAACCGCCAGCUCCGGGCUGUGCUCUUCAGCCACCAGCUCAGACGCAGCAGAGACUGUGACAAAGCAUUCGUAAAGAGCUCCUACUCCUUCAGCACACCAGUUGGAGUGAUAUUGCUUCGUGUCAUGGCGUUCUUCACCUGUGCCUUCCUAGUUGCAACUGCAUUGUAUGGCUCUGGGGACCAAACUGCAUCCGCUGGUGCACCACAAACACUAAGCGGGGGGAUCAUCCCUCCAAAGCCUGCUCCCUCCAACAAAUCCACUCCCAAAAAUGGUAGCAGCGAGGCUGGACAGGUGUUGCAAGACCUGCUAGAGCUGCUUCCAGAGGAGGCCGUAGAGAAUGCAAAGCUUGUCUGGCAGUAUGGAAUGAACCAUCAGAUGGCUGUGGUCUCCAUUGGCCUGCUGACCUGUAUCACUGGUGUCUGUCUAGGAGGACCUGUCAGAUUGAGGCGAAUUGAUGCUGUGGCCUCUGUCCUGUGGUUCCUGGUCUUGUGCCUGUACUUGGUGGAGAGAUACCUGAAAGCUGAUGUCUCAAGCUGGCUGGAUGCAGUCAAACUCGGCACUACCUCCUUAUGUUGCCUGGUUGGCUUUGCCGCUGCUGUGGCAACACGCAAAUCCAUGGGCCCGAGAAGAGCGAGAGGUCGAAGGUCAGAAUCUGAACAGUGACACUUAAAUGUACUUAUAAGACCCACCGAAUACACUAGGACACACUUGUGAACACAUAGGAUAUGUUUCUAUAACGCAUUUGACUUUCCUGCCCUUUCUCAUCUUUCCUUUGCUGAUAUUAACCAACUAAUUGAUGCACUCAUGUUAUUAGCCUAAUCUGAAGAUUUCUUACUUGGCAUUGGUUGUCUAAUGCAGCUUUCUGAUUUAUCCUGUUGAUUUGAAAAGUAAUUUUACCAACAACCCUAUCUAAACUACACAGGGACUCUCAUUAAGCAUGGAGCAUAGCUACCACUUAAAUUGUAGCUGUAUUUUCGGACUUUUGAAAGAAAAUGAAAAAAUAUAUAUAUAUAUUUAUCUUAGAAAAUCGAAAUCAAUUAUCUGUGUAACAGACUCAAUCUUGUUUUUAAAACCCUGAUGGCUAAUACAACAUUUUGACUGUGCAAACCACGCCUAUCAAAUUUAAUCGAAGGCCUAAGAGUGAGUUAUUUUAUUUCAAAACCUGAUUAUUGUGACAAAUCCUGGGGUAGUGAUUGCAGUGGGAAAGUGGUUUUAAUCUGAAAGUUCUACAACACUUGCUAGCCGGCGAAGUAGUUUGACAAUAUCGUCCGAUGCCUCCCAUUGUGUGCUGAACGUUUGGUAUUUGGUGGACAAAAAAAAACGUUUGGAAGGAGAGAGUCUGGGGACAGGCUUUGAAAGAGGACUAGUUAGUGUAGAUUGGGGGGGGGGAAACCUGUUCCCAGAAUCAAAUUGAGUAGCUGGCCAGCAUGCACACAAUAUUUGUGUUCUAGUUGCUGAGAUUAUUCAAAACCCAGGAUUGUUUGCCGUCCAGUACACUUUGCUCACUGCCUGGGCUACACUACGCAUGUCAAAUGGAGCCCAUAGUCUUUUGGCCAAGUCCCAUGUGCAGGUUUCUCUUUGAAGUUAUUGUAUUUUUCCCAUGCACCUGCAACAAGAUAUCGCACAUGUGAUUUUUUUAUGUUUAAUGCCCGUGCCCUACACCAGUGUCAAGUCCAGUUGUGCUGAAUUCAGUAAUUCACCCCAACAAGUUUUGCACUGUAAAAACAGUAUGGUUUGUUUGACCUAGCCUAUUUCACAAUAAUGAUGGAAAUCUAGCCACUGUGAUAAGCUUGGGUGACAAGGUGUCUCAUUGUUAAACCGCUAGGCUAAAUAUUGUUACAGCACUGCUUUUUACCUAAAAUAGGUUACCCUUUUAUUUUGCAACUAUAAAGACCACACUAAUAUAAUGGUGUUGGUUUGCUUUCCUGGCACACUGAAUUUAUUCUUGAAGUUUUGAAUUAAACGAUAGUUGGGUAGGUGUUGUGAAGAAAGGUUUUGCUGACGCAUCUUUACCAAUAUACCAAAAAGACUGACUACUCUUGGUAUUGAAACUCAAAAGUGCCACUGCUUUUGACCUGUAUUUCUCUACUGUUCUGUAGCACAGGUCUUGCCUAGUUGUAUAAAGAAGACAAACAAGCUUAUGAAUAAGUGAAAGCUGUAUACAGUUCACAUGUAGUUUCCCCAGGUACAAGCUGCUCUCCUGAAUAUUUUAUUUUAGUAUUUUUCAUAUUCUGUGUACACAACAGUAAAAAAAAAUGAUCCCCCAGAGUGGUACAUUUGGUGGCAGUCUUUAGAGGACAUUUGAGAUGCCAAUCCUCCCUAACUUUCUGUGUUUGCAUGUUAGGUUCUGAUGUAGAAUUCAAUAUCCUCUUGUAAAGCAUAUGCUAAUCCAUAUUUUAGAGAAAGUAAUAGGCCUAACUAUACUGCCAUCUGCCUCCACUUUACCUUCCUAAUUUCGUGUUCGUCCACAGCACCAUAUUUACAAUAUGUAGUCUAUUAAAAUCCACUGACAGCUCCCCAGCCCUCAAGCAUGCACUAAUAUUGGGUUUGAUGAUACUUUGUGUUUAAUGUAGCUUUUGAAGGUGAUGUAAAAUUAGACGGGAAUGCUACGCAUAACAUGCUAUAACUAUUAACGUGUAUCUUUUUUUGUUGUGAAAAUUGAGUGAAAAUUACUUUAUUUAUAUGAUAGAUGUGAAGAACGACUGUAGAUUGUACUGGAGAGUAACAUUACUGCACCAACUCAUAACUUGUAUGUCGUAUUCUCAACUUGUUGGUUUAUGUACCAAGUCCAGCAUCUGUAACCCAGGUUUCCAUCUAACCAUUUCCUUGGAGGAAUUGCCUGGCGCAUGAAAAAAGUCACAACCGGCCUGAUGGAAACAGUAAAUUCCGGUACUAUUUUAUAAAUGUCGACAGACAAUUUUUUUGUUUGGUCAAAUAAAUUAGGAGUAAUGGCGGUGGAAACGCCUUUGUACAAAUAUUGAUAUAAAACGCAUCAUAUUGAAUAUAAAUUUGGAGUUACGCGACGUGUUGUCCUCACACCACGACUCAGGAAAGCAUGCCGUUUAUUAGGCUCCAGAUUAAAUGCAUUCUGAUGAAAAAAGUGCAUGGUGAUGAGCUUCUCCUUUCCAAUAAAUAUCGAGGGUGUUAUUCUGGUGACAUAAUCAUCGAUGCUUUGCUGCCGUUUUGACAAAUAAUCUGUCUCUUAUCCAUAAUAAUCUCAUGUAAGUAGCCUAACAGCACUGAAUCUGCCAGCUGUUGGCAAGAGUGCAUGUGUCAAGACCAUAGUGGGCACAUUUGCUAUUUAAUGCAACAGUUUUUGACGAAACCACCAUUUUGACGAAACCAUUUUGAAAAUGUGAUGGGAAACUAAUUUGACUUUUAUUUUUUAAAUUCAGUACAUGGGAAUUUAACUGCAAAAGUUAAUUUUGUGUAGUAAGUCAGUUUGAUGGAAACACGUGCAUAUUGUUUUAUGCAGAUUUUAGAAUAUCAUUAAAUCUUUCGCUAAUUGGCUGGAAACCUAUCUUGAGACAAUACCCACAGUCGGUUGUGAAAAUCUGGAUUUCUGUGAUACAGAUGCUGUCCAAUUAUUGUUACAUUGCUUUGACAGAGUUUUCAGUCUGCAAAAAAUAUUCUGAGUAUGUAGCUAAUAUUUAUGUAAUAUGCGUUACAAUGCCAAAUGUAUUUAACGGGUUCUAGCACAUUUCCCUCUGUUAGUAGUUUGGCAUUUGCCUCUGAAAGCGUACUCGACUCUUCAUGUUUUUCAUCAUAUGAGUAUGCUAGUAUACCUGAUUUAAUGGAUACUAACAACUAUUGUUUAUCUCAACCAAUGUUUUUAGCAAACAUUUGCCUAACCUUAUUCUUUUAACUGUGUUGUGAGCAUACGUCUCUUAGUGUCACUUGUGUAUGUUAUGUAUGUUUCUAUUCACCAUAGUAACAAGGGAUUACUUGAUAGUUAUUUUAGUUUAUGCCAAAUUGGCGACUGUAGGUUAUGAAACUUAAAACUAUUUGUGCCCAUUAUUUAUGUGUGCCGCUAACAAUGUGAUAGUAAGAACUAAUUAGUUGUGAAUCUAGUGCAUUUUUUUGCUUACCUUUUUAUACUGUGUAUGUGUUGCAGUGCUGAAACACUAAAAGAUUCAGUACCCUGAAGGGAGAUUGAAGUGUUCCCCAUUUUCCCCAAGAUUAAAACGAUUGUUCAGACAAAUGACAAAAUAAGUAAUCCAUUUGUUUCCUUACCUCUCCUUGUCCAAAGACUGCUUUACAGGUAAGGAAACAAAAAUAUAAAUAUGAAAUUUGGCUGAACUAUCCCUUUUAAUACACCAAACAAUUUAUGGUACUUUAUCUUAUCAUUAAUAUAUGAGUAUGGAAGGAUUAAUGCGUAUUCCAAACAUACAAUAUAAGCUUUCAUGUCAUAUCCAAUGCCCAUUUAUGUGAAUUUCCUAUAUUUUUGGUAAAGCAACUAUUUAAGCUAUUCCGUCCAUUCUAAAAAAUAAACUGCAGCAUAUUCCAACUGAAACACGUUCUCUUGGGUACUGCAUCUUGAAUAUUGUAGGUUGUCACUACCCUUCAUAUAGCCUAUUGGGUUCAUUUUGUAUUAGUAAACCAUGUAUGCUGGAUCACUGUAAAUCAAAUGAAAUAAAUUACUGAAAUGUUA